UAUAUAUAUGUAAACAUAAUUAAGUCUAAGGCUCUCAACAUUAACCAGAAAAAUGGUGUCUCUAGGACUUUCCUACACCCUAGUUUUUCUCUUGGCAAUCUUAUUCACAGUUGGUGAAGCUAACAACAACAGAAAACUCCUGCAAACUCCCACUAACUACCAACCGCUAUAUUCUCCUCCUCCUCCCCCGGUUUAUUCUCGUCCGGUUGCUCUUUCUCCUCCACCUCCAAUAUAUUCUCCUCCUCCUACUCCGAUCUAUCCACCUCCAGUAUAUUCUCCUCCUCCUACUCCGAUCUAUCCACCUCCAGUAUAUUCUCCUCCUCCUACUCCGAUCUAUUCACCUCCAGUAUAUUCUCCUCCCUCUACUCCGAUCUAUCCACCUCCGGUUGCCCAUCAUCCUUCUCCUAAAGCUCAACCUUCUCCUAAAGCUCAAGCUUUCUACUACAGGCAAUCUCCUCCACCUCCCUCCGGGAAACCGUGGUGGUGGUUGUUGUAAGCGGUAAGAGGUUUCUGAGGACAAGAUAUUUUCAAUGUCUUAAAACAUGAGAGUGCAUUACUGUUGUUGUCUUAACUUGGUUUU